GGUUUAGACGCAAAAAUCCAGUAAUAAGCCCUACUGAAGGUAGGUCAAGCGUGACGUAGUGUCAGUUAUGCAACGUGGCUUCAAUAGAUUUAAUGCAAUAUUUCUCUUCUUUAACAGUGUUUGCCCGUUCGAAUAUAACUCCACUUCAAAAUGAGUAACACCGGUGUAGCAUUUUCUGGAGGAGGGAUUCGGUCAGCGGCACUCUGCUCUGGAGUCCUGCGCAGACUUCUACAGAAAGGAAUCACCCCAGACUAUCUCAGCUGUGUGUCCGGGGGCGGUUACAUAGGCUCGGCUUACAUGGAUUGGAAGUAUCGCAACGAGCAAAGAGACGAUCCAAAAUGGCAUAAAGAAUUCUUCGAGCACUGUAGAAGGGCAGGGAUCUGGUGUAACUGGCAGAAUCCUUUACAAGGGCUCUUCGACACACUCAUAAUUUUCAGCCUCAGCUUUUUUGUUGCUAUCAUUCUUCCCUGCUUUAACUGGUUUGGUUUCGCUUUUCCAACAGCUUAUAUCAUCGAUUACUUCUUUGGUAGUUUGUUGCGAGAUCCGUUCACGUGCCCAGACGUAAAAACGCACAAUUUCACCUCUUCUGAUAUCUCUGAGAAUUCCGAGGUUUCUGAGCUUUUUAACAUGACAGACACGAUUGAAUGUGUGCCCAAAUUAGGCCCAGAAAUGUACUUUACGUUCAUGACAUUUGCCUAUCUCUUUAUCUUGUUCCUUCUCUUUUUUGUCAUCAAAAAAGUGGCUGCACCUUCUGUGAAACCCUUGGCUAAUUUUCUGUUUAACCUUACAGGUUUCGUGUUUGCAAUGGUUUUUCUUCCCUGGCUUAUAGAGGAGUACAUUGUUGUAACUCCCCUUUGGCUCAACGCACUGAUACUCAUUCUCAGUAUUUUCUUAUGGCUCGGUGUACCUCCUUUACGCGACAAAGCGUCGUUAGCUAUGAUUGUCUAUCUGUACGCUUAUGCUGUUAAGUGGAGAGUAUAUAAAACAGCAGUUCUCUUUGUGGAAUACAGUGACAAUAGAUUUGAUGUGUUGAUGUGGAUCUCUGGCAUUUUGAUCUGGAUCAACCCCUUCCUUGGAGUGUUUCAAAGAAAUGCCCUCCACGCUUACAACAGAUGGCGUCUUCAGAAAGCGUUCUACUCUCCUGAGAGUACUGGGGCGACAGGCUGCUCAGGAAUCACGUGCCAAGACGUAUUUCCCUCGUGCACUUGUUGGGAACCAUCUUCAGAGAGUUUGAAUCGACCUUUGACCUUAGAUGACCUGGUUGGUCUGUCACCAGAAUACAUCUGCAACGUGACAGUGCAUGAAUGGCGAAUGAAACCUUCACAUAGAGAACCACCCUUUGAGCUCCUUACAAUGGCACCCUCUGGAAUCGAAAGAAUUGACAACGAUUCAGGAAAACUCCAGUUUGAAAACAGACUUCAUCCAGCAGACAUCAAGUUGUCGGAAGCCAUGGCCACUUCAGCUGCGGCGAUAUCGUAUCACAUGGGGCAAUACGAAAGUAAACUUGCAUCUCUACAGAGUAUACAGAUCAUGCUUGGACUAGGAUUUGGCAAAUCGCAAAUAGCCGAGCCCAAAGAAUGGACAGGAUGCCUUUCAACGUGUGUUGCUAUUCUUAUUCAACUUAUUUUGGUGUUUCCGAUCCUUGGGUUUCCCAUGAUUCCAUUCCUGCACGCCGGAAGUGACGUCUGGAACAAAAGAACUGUGAUCUUUUUUCUUGUGUUUCUCUGCUUGUUGACGCUGAUCGCCGUGAUGCCCACGGGCGCAGAAAAUCCCGGAUGUUGGCAAAAGUUUGUAAGGUGGUGCAUCGUAAAUAUAUAUCAGGUCAGGUUCAUCCGGGAACUGUUGGAAGUAAUUAACGUUGGCCCCACUCCUCCUCCGAUUCUUUACCUGUCUGACGGCGGCCACGUUGAAAACCUGGGCAUUUUACCAUUGCUGAAAAAGAGGUUGCAGAAGAUUGUAGUUGUGGAUGGUGGAGACUUAGAGGAUUUAGGGAUCGCAGGAGAUCUGAUCACCGCACUGAAAAAAGCUAGGGAAAAACUGCACUGUUCAUUCACUGGAAUGAACGGAAGAGACGUAUAUGAAGAUCUAAGGACAAAGGUAAUCGAUAGGCCAGCGAGAAAGCAGCCGAGAAGUUAUCGAUUUAAGGUCGAGUACUACGACUACACGGACGAAGGUGAGGAAAAGAAGGUUGGGGAAGGAGAAGUGCUUUAUAUUCUUCCACGCCACCCUAAAUAUGGCCUUUCGGGAGAGAGAAAGAGCUGGGGCGAGAUAACCGGUGACAUCAAGAUUGAUAUCGAGGCUGACUUGUGGGGGAGCGGACCUGAAGUGGAAACAGAAGAAGUGGAGCGUUUGACAUGUUGCUGUUGCGAGUGUUGUCAUUGUUCCCCGCUUCAGUUUUUAUCAGGAUCCCUUUGCGGCGCGUUCCCUUAUCAUUCUACUGCCAAUCAGUUCUUUACACCCGCCAUGUUCACUGCCUACCAUCGGGAAGGUUACCGCGCCUGCAUGGAGGCCCGCGCUGUGGAUUUUCUUUUGCGACCUGAGGAGAGCUCCGAAUAAGUUUCCAUUAUCAUUUUCCAGAAACGAACAUUUGAUGAAAAAAUUAUUCAAAUUCACGGUUGAGAUAAGAAUAACGGAUUUAAUGCAGGAAGGCCGUAGUUACUUCUUUUACUGGUUUUUAUUGGGGACAUAUCCUUGAGGAAAGAAGCUGCCUUUUAACUUGUUACUGAGCUAGUUUCUUGUUUUAUUGUCAAACGCGUUCUGGUGUACAAAAAAAGUAGGAUUUAAAAAA